UUCUUGUUGUUAAUCGCGAACUCGCAGGGAGUAAAAACAGUGAAAAUGUUUACAAACAUGUCUCUUGGUUUGAAUUCUUCGUACUAUCCAAGUGUAAUCACCGAAUCUACACUAUCGGAUGGAUCCUUAGAAAAUGGAUUUGGGAACGCGACUAUGCCGCCUUACAUGUUGCCGGCUUACAUCAGGACGACCUCCAUGAUAGUUUGCAUCCUUGUCAUGGUGCUGGGAGUCGUCGGUAAUCUGAUGGUUCCGCUCGUCGUCUUCCGGGGCAAAGACAUGAGGAACAGCACUAACAUCUUCCUGGUCAACCUGAGCGUUGCUGAUCUCUGCGUGCUUCUCGUCUGCGCUCCGACUGUCUUAGUCGAAGUCAACUCCAGGCCGGAAAUUUGGGCGCUGGGUGAACACAUGUGUAAAGCUGUUCCGUUUGUGGAGUUGACUGUGGCUCACGCCUCGGUCCUCACUAUUCUGGCAAUCAGUUUUGAGCGUUACUACGCAAUAUGCGAACCACUGAGAGCUGGGUACGUUUGUACAAAAGCCAGAGCUACUUGUCUGUGUUUUUUGGCCUGGGCAGCGGCAGCUCUUUGUACAAGUCCGAGUAUCCUGAUGUCCGAUUAUCACAUGGAGAUGUACACCGACGGAUCGCUGGUUCCGGUUUGCCUCAUAGAAGCUAACGAGGCAUGGAGGAGCGCGUUCUUCGUAACAACGAUAGUGAUAUUCUUCUUCGUGCCGCUUUUCAUCCUCGUUAUCCUGUACACUAUAAUAGCGAGACACCUGAUGGCUAACCCGACGAUAAGUCGAGGUCCUGCGAACAACUUGCUCAAGUAUCGAAAGCAGGUCGUCCUCAUGCUGGGAACCGUCGUCCUCAGCUUCUUCGUAUGCCUCCUGCCCUUCAGGGCAUUUACACUUUGGGUGAUUUGCGGCUCCCAGGACUCGAUGAUCGGCCUUGGUAUCGACGGCUACUACGGCGUCCUUUACUUCAGCAGGGUGAUGCUGUAUCUGAACUCGGCGGUAAAUCCGAUCCUCUACAAUCUUAUGUCGACGAAAUUUCGCGAGGGAUUUUUGAGGCUCUGUGGCAUCGGCGUGAAGAAGAAGGCUCCCGGUAGAACGGGCACUUACACGACAGGAUCGACAAACUGCAGUUCCAAUCAUUCGGACUUCUGGCGGAGGCACAGCAGCAAUAAAAGCUGCAGCGUCAAAACGCCGAACAACCCCGUUGAAAAACAGCUCAAACUUCCGCUCCUCUCCUCCGUCACCGAUGGUAUAAUCAGAAAGAAACAGGAGAGUUAUGUGCUGAAUCAGAGGUCGAGAGAUUAAUUUAUGGAGAGUUAAUGAAACUGUCACUGGCCAAAAUUCUACUACUUACCUGUAGGUAAGCUCUCGUUAUAUAUCGCUCGUCAUUUAUACCUACAAAACUAUAUUACACGGUUAUUAAAUGUUAUUAAUGUUGUCAGUGUUGAUUAUCAUUGAAUCAUACAUCAGCCAUACAUUUACAUAUGAAAAAUACACUAUCACAUGAGCGUAAAGCCUACACUGUGUACCUGGAGGAUAUUUAUUGCUUUUGCAGUUUUUAUCACAAUUGAAAUACUGUUCAACCAAAUCGUUAUGUUAUUUUUAUGUUUAUUUCUUUAUAAAUAUAUAAAUAUAUAUAUAUAUAUUUUUUUUUCUCUCUAUAUGUUCUGGAGAACGAUUCAGAAACAAGCAGAAGGGAAUAAUUUAUAUUGUUUCUCACCUUCAUCUAGUCAGCUCUGAGCUAUCAGCACAAAGCCUUUGUUUAUAUAUUAUAAUAUUACGAUUAAUUCGAGACUGCACGCACUCAUGCUCAUUAUAUAUAUAUAUUAUAUAUAUAUAUAUAUAUAUAUACUGUGUUUAUAACAGAGUUUUAUUGUUGUAUUAUUAACGAGUGUGUACCUACUAUCAGUUUAAGGUAAAUUUUAGGUGUAUAAAUCACGUAUGUGACAGGCUAAUUGUCUAUAUAUGUAUAGUGAACGGUGUAAGUUCGAUUUAAGACUAAUUAAAGAGUAAUUAAUAUUAAUUGUCAAGGUAAUUAAUAUAAUUGAGAUACGACUUGCUUGUGAAUAUUCGAACGAGAAGGAUCAAACGACGAGGGCCUCCGAUUAAUUGUAAUAUAAUUAUGAAGAACAAAGGUAUGAAUUGCUCAUUAAGAAGCAAUAAGAAUUGAUUUAAUUGUUUUGAACCGGUCGCCAAAGAUGUCAAAUCGUUCGACGACGACCUCAGAUAUAGAGUAUAUAAUAUCGAAAAUUUCCCAAAGACCUCUGUAUUCGAGGAUUCAUUAAAUAUCUAUGAUGUAAUUUAUCAUUCACCGUGACAAGUAUACAAGUUUUAUUGAAAUUGUGAAACACAUUAGUACCAAAUACGAAUCAAUUAUUUGUCAGCAAGUCUGUUGUAAUUAUCCCAUAUUAUUUUAGGCGAUUCAACUUAUUCUGAAAUUUGAUUCCACUGACAGCCGUUCAUAUCGACAACGUUCUAAUGCAAUUAACAAAUAUUUAUAUGACUGUAACAGAUCAUUUUGUCUGAAUGCUGUGAACUGAGUUUUAAGUAACUGUUUCAUUUUCAACCAAAAAUAAUUUUGAUGAAAUGUACAUACAUAUACAUCUCCCCAUAUACACAUUAUGUAUAUUAAUUAUUAGGUAUAUAGGAUAUAUAUAUAUAUAUAUAUAUAUAUCAUAGACGCAAAACGAAUUAUUUUAAUAAAUGAUAUACAUGUAAAUGUGGAAAACGUUGUAAAUAUUUUGUAUAAAUGAAUAA